GAAGUAGCCUACUGUAUAAAUACAGAGAGAAGUGAAAGAGAAGAUACUCAUUUCAUUCUCUGACAUUCAUGGAAGGAUCAAUGAAAGUGUUUGUGUUUGUGAAAGAGGAGCUCGAGUUCGCGGGGAAUCACUCGAUCAAAUGGUUUAUACACAAGCUUUGCUCUUCGCUAACGGGAUGUCCCGAAAAACCGAGCAGCAAAACCUAGCAAAGAGUUUAAGGUUUCGGAACUUUGGAUCACAUAACGAUCCCUGCGGAAGGCUCAUGAAAGCAGAAAGCUUGUCAAGUCUUGGAUCUCAGUGCAGUUUGGUGGAGGAAGAAAGCGACGAGGCUUGUCUUCAGCUCGAUCUGUCCAAACGUAUUGAAAAGUGCCUUUCUGAUGCCAAAAAGUCAAGUCUGCGCUGCCAGGAGCUGCGUCUGCCCAGGUGCAUGACCGAGCGCGUGGCUGGAGACAUCCUGCGCGCGUCCGAAGAUGAGCCGUGCGGGAUACGGGGGGCUUUAAUCCACGUGUUUCUGGAUAACAAGGGCGAGCUACAAAAACUGGGCACCGUGACGGCUGAUGAGUGUCUCACCCCCACCUUUGAGCUGUCACUCAUCUUACAGGCUGAUACGGACGGAUGGCCGCCGCUGAAAAUCCUAUUCGGUUCUGGGAAAAACGUGCUCAGUCUGAGACGGGAAUAUCGGCUGAUUAAAAGGAAACUCUACUCAUCUGCCACUCCUAUUGUACUUGAAUUUUAUUAAGACUGAUAGGAUGUAAUGAAAUUAUAGGGAUAAAGGAAACGAUAAGAUCCAAACUUUCCUUAAACUAUAGGAAAACUUU